AUGGAAGAAAAUCACAUUUACCAAUAUUCCCUAGUGAACGCUCUGAUGGCAGGAGUAGUUGACUCUGGAAUAACAGUCGAAACUCUACUGUCCAAGGGCAACCAAGGCAUUGGAACAUUUGCACAUAUGAAGGGCGAACUUCUCAUGCUUGAUGGGAAAGUCCAUCAGCUCCUAGCCGAAGGGAACACCCGGGUGGCUGAUGAGACCGAUCAAAUUCCGUAUGCAGUGGUGACACAAUUUGUUCCCCAGUCGACCCUGGACGUCGAGCUAGGGUCCAAAGAAUCUGUAGAUCAAGUCCUGGACAAAUUCAACCAGCACUCAUCCAAUUUAUUCAUGAUCUAUCGCUUCCAGGGGACCUUCAAAGCAUUGAAAUGCCGAACCGUCAGAGGUCAAGAAUAUGACGGCCAGCCACUGUCUGAAGUCGGCAAAAACCAGCACGUCCAGGACUAUGAGGACAUCAAAGGCACGGUUGUGGGUUUCCGAUCUCCCGAGAUCUGGCAAGGGUUCUUCGUUGCUGGAGACCAUAUGCACUUCCUCAGCGAUGACGAGACGGUUGGUGGACAUAUCCUGGAACUCCGAGAUGCAGAGGGCAAGAUCGGAAUUGCAACAUCCACCAACGUGCAUAUUGAGCUUCCAUCAUCUCCAAAGUUCAAUGAGACAAAGCUAGCAGUGGAUAGCACAGGUAUCAAGGCUGUUGAGGGAUAA